AUGUAUUCGAAAGACCACCCGGAAGCAUAUUUAAAAGACCACCCAGAAGCUAAAGCCCAAGCCAUAUCUGAAGCUGAAACCCAGCCCAUAUCUGAAGCUAAAACCCAACUCAUAUCUGAAACUAGAGUCGAAGCUCAACCCAUAUCUAAAGCUGAAACUCGAUUUAUAUUUAGAGCUAAAAUCGAAGCCCAACCUAUAUUUGAAGCCCAGCCAAUAUCUGAAACCCAACCCAUAUCUGAAGCACAACCCAUAUUUGAAGCUCAACUCUAUACUAAUUCAUAUGAUGAUUUAUAUGAAGAUAGUUGUGAAGAUGAGCUAGAAGAUAGUGCAUUGAAGGACAUUUAUAGUGGGCAGACAUUUGUUUCAUUUGAAGUACUUGAACAAUGCUUAAAGCGAUAUGCUACCCAAGCAGGCUUUGAAAUAAGAACAGUUAGAUCUGAAAAAGAAGAGGAUCGGGAAUCAACCCAUAUUGAUUGUGAGUUUUUAGUAAAUACUUCAUAUCGUAAAUCUGUGAAUCUAGUGUUUGUUAAUAAAUUUGUUAGCACACAUAAUCAUGAUUUACAAAAUCAAGAUUCUCUUCAAGAAUUUUUACCAGUAUUACAACUUAAAGAUAUUAAUAUAACAGUGCAGAAUUCAGAUGAAUAUAGUGUAGGGUUCUUUGAAGAUGAUUAUAAAGAGCCACAAAUUUUAAUUAGCAUGGUUUUAGAGAAUUGUUUAGAAGGCAUUUUAGAUGAAAUUUGGAAAGAUGAAUCUGAAAUUCAAACUAGCACUUUCCAAACAUUAAAUAUUAUUCGUGGGCAAGAGAUGAUUGAUGAAUCUGUUACAAGUUUCGAUUCAAAAAAAGAUAUAUAUGGGUGUGGUAUUGGGCUUUGCAAAAAAGCUUUAAAUUUAGCGAUUUCAAAUGAUUCUAGUCAAGCUUUCGAAGAACUUUUGCGACAAUUUAUUGAAAAGCAAAAUGUUUCUAUGGCUCAAAAUAAUAAUAAGUCAAUAGAAUCUCAUAAAGAUUCGAAUAAUGCUUAUAAUAUCAUGGAUCCACGUCAACAUAAAGGAAAAGGACGCCUACAAAUAAAAGAUACUUGUCAGCUAUUGAAAAUCAACAAUGUGCUACAUGUAAAUCUUGGUAUCAUGACUCAAGAAACUGCCCUAAUAAAGAUAGCCAGCAUGAUAAAGAAAAUAAUUAGAAA